UGCAGUUGUUACAAUGUUAUUCUUGACUUGUUAUUUAAGAGAUUGACAUGGUAGUUUUUUUUUCAUUUUUCAAGUCAGAAUAUUACAUCUGGCCACCAAUACGGAUAAACAUAAAAAAUAAAAAAAACAACUAUAUGCAGAGUGGUGCCUCUACCUAAAAGCAAAUGACAAGUAGAUCGCUGAACUUUGCUUAAUCUUACCUGCAGCACCAAAUACCAAAAGGAGCUUCAGCUGGGAAAGUGCAGAGAGAGGAAACCUGACACAUUAAUCAGGAAAGAGUUGUGGAGCCCUGCAUCUUUAAAACAAAGAUUUUGGAGUUGAUAUUAAUUUACAGGUAAUUAAAGAAAGAAUAUCUGUACAUAAAAACAGAGAUGGAGCGAGUUCAGAAGUACAUGCAAUCAGGUACUGAGGCAUUGAUGAAUAUAGCUGCUUUAAUUUUAACUGUUAUCAGUGUAAAACUCUACAUGACCUUUGAGGUUUUCUGUCCUUGCUUACCUGGCUUCAACAUGGUAUAUGGAAUCGGAUUCAUGUUUAUUCCGCCUUCAGUAUUUCUCUUCCUUGGACUCACAAUUAACAGAUACUGCAUCCUGGCAACUGAAGAGCAUGUCAGACCAGUUGGUGGGAGAACGAAGAACCCAGCUAUUAUGAAGAAUAUGAUUUCGUCUACAGUUCAACGAGCCCUACUAGCUCCUGUAAUGUGGAUCAUCAUGAGUCUACUUGAUGGGAAGAGCAUCAUCUGUGCUUUUAGUGAAUCUGUUAAUCCAGAGAAAUUUGCAGAGCUCAGCAACAAAACAGAGACAGAGCUUGAGUUGCUUCUUGCUAAAAUUCCAUGCAAAAAGCAUGACGAAGAGAUAAAUAUUAGCAUCAGAAAGGCAGUGUCUCGAUACCUCAGGUGUUUAUCACAGGCACUCGGUUGGAGCAUAAUAUUCCUUCUAAUACUACUGGCAGCUGUUGCUCGAGCCCUUAAACCCCUGCUUAGUAACUCUGCAGUCGCCAUGCAAAACAGCUACUGGACUCGUUACACUGACUUUGAGGAAAAGUUCUUUGAUAAAGCCUGCUAUACCCACAACUACAAUUUUGCUUAUAAAGCAAUUAGUCGAUACUUUGAAAGCCUAGAAAAUGAAAACAGGCAGUAUAUAUUUGCAAUCCCAAAAAAGAAACAUGAUGGUAAGCAAGAUGAAAAAGAUUAUUUGGAUUGGAUAACGUGCCCAGAGCAACUGGAUCAGGUCCUGGAGGCCUGGUACGACUAUCGUCCGCCCCUGAAUUUGAAUCAGAAUAUGCAGUUGCAUUGUGAAGGAGAAAGGGUAACGUUGUCUUGGGUACCUAAUGAAAAUAACGAUGGCUGUGUGUGUUCCUUCAGGGAAAACGGUACGUCUCAAAAGACUGCAUUUAAGGAAUUUUGAAUGAAGUUCUAAUGCAGUUUUAAAAAUAAAGCCCAAAGUAAGUAAUGAUCAUGGCGUAAUACUUCAGAGACAUGUACUGAGAUGUUGUUUUUGUGAAUUAAUUGUUCACUUCGUUAUCUUUUUAAGCUUUUGGGAAUUGUGAAUGAUGAUACUUAGGAAUACUAACAUUGUACACACACUUAUGCCUGCAUUGUGUGUAGAAGAAACUAGAGUCUUGUAUUUAGACAAAAAGUUUAAAUCAAAUAAAAGCUACACUACCAUACGACCUUGUGUAACUGAAAUGGCAUAAUGCCAGGUUUGUUGAUAAGUACUGUGAUCCCCAAGAAACAUAUCAGAUUUAUAAACAGAGAUACUGUGAGAUUAUUUCACAUUUACGAAGCUGUAAGUAUCCAUCUAGAGUACAACCAUUCUUUACCUCUUUAACUCCAGGAAAAGUUAAGUAGGAGUUCUUUCAAAAUUAAAUACUGACAGAUACAACCAGCUACAAACAGAAAAGAGUCAUCAUUUCAACAUAGCUUGCAGAAUGAACUCUUAUAAUCAUAGGAUCAUAGGAGGUUACUAGGCUAAUGGCCCUGGGGCCCUUACAAGCCAAGCCAAGA